UGGACCUCCCCCCCGGUUACUGAGGAGCACCGUGGCUACAGCUGAGCAGCGAUGGCCUCGUCUCCCUUCAAAGAGUUCCUGGUCUCCUAUGUUAUGCCAGAAAGGUGUUAUGAAGAGCUCUUCGUCAACUUCCACAUGCACGUGCCUUGCCUCAAGUUUGUGCUGAACAGAUCGUUCGGGUUCUGGAUCAUACUGGACACUUUCCUCGCACAGCUACCUCAGCUGUUGAAGAUUCUUUGGGGAAGAAGCGCAGCAGGCCUGAGUCUGACCUCCGCUCUGCUUCAGCUUUAUUCCUUCUCAUGUCCCGUCGUGUACGCCGUGGCCAAACACUUCCCACUCUUUGCUUGGGGUGAGAGGCUCCUCACGCUGGCUCAGACAGCAGUGAUUGUCUUCCUCAUCCUGCAUUAUCGUGGUGACACCCUCACAGGAAUGCUGUUCCUCCUGGCUUACAGUGGUCUAAUGGUCCUUCUGGGCACCUACGGAGCUGCAGGACUCAUCUCAAUGAUGCAGGCCUCCAGUCUGGCUGCUUUAAUUGCAAGCAAGGGCCUUCAGGCUGGAACUAACUACCGUAAUGGCAGCACAGGCCAACUGUCCACUCUGUCUGUGUUACUGUCGUGGGCUGGGACUCUGGGUGCUGUCUACGUGUCUCUGCAGGUAGUACAAAAAAAACAUUUACAUCACUCCAGUCUGUCACUGUUGUCUUUACUAACUAAUAUUUGUUUUGUAGGAGACAGGAAUCUCAUUUAUUACUCUGUUGCACGCACUAUCAGCCUGUCUCAGCUGUGUCCUCCUGGCCCAGGUCCUCUGCAGCACACCUGACACUAAAAAGAAGGUUGAUUAGACGGUGAAGGCUGGUGACACAUAAACAUGCACAUUAUAUGCAAAAUCUUCCUGUCAUGUAAGAAAUAUUGUUCACCAAAUUAGCAGGAAAUGUUUACAGGGUCUGCUUUAUAGCAAGUUGUGUGAGACUCUCAGACUCUCACCCAAUCCAUAACCUUCGGCAUUUGGUUUCCCUUUAGUGUAAAGGCAAGGGGAAUUACAAAAAGAAUUACUUUAAUGUACUUUAUAAGCGACUGUCAAAAUGAAACAGUCAGUUUUUGGGUGCUUUUAAAGUUUCAGUUGUUAAGCCAUUUCAGAUUUGUGUUCACUAAACUCAAAAGUUCUCAUUUAAAGUAGAAACUCAAACUGACUGACCGUGCACAGCUAAGGGUAGACACAGUGAGGCACACCAUGUUGGAUUUACCGUUUCGAGGAUACAGUUUCUAUUAUAACAGGUUUUAAAAUAUUUGUGACUACAUUUUUGUAGAAACAAAGUUAACAGUUUGUUACAGGCCUCAUGUAAGAGUACCGUGGUAGCUUCCGUACUGGAACUGGAACCUGUUAAUGAUCUUCCUAAGCUCCACCUUUGGGUGGAGGAACCCUCUCAUGAAUGCCUCUGGUCUGACUUCUGAGCAUCAAGUUUUGCCAGCCACCAGGAACAAAAUGUCCAGUGUUGCUCAGUAACACUCCAAGUGUUUACAGGAGUUCUGCCAAGAUACACUGAGUUGCCAGUAGCAGCACAUGACCAAAGACACAUUAACCUUGUGUUUUAUGGCUGUUACUUAAUUAUUUCCAUCCAACUGAGUGCAAAAAAAACUACUGAUUGCUCACCAGGUAUAAUAAAAUCAAUUUUAUGGGCUCAACAUGUAGUUCUUUGCAGUCAUAUUUUAUGGAUUUUUUUAUUAGCAUAAGUGUUGAACUGUACUGUGAACUGAAUUGAAUGAUGCUUUUGUAUGUACAAUAAAAUGUUGACACAGAA